AUCAGUUAUCACUAAACGCCAUAAUCACAUCGCCAUCCAAUAUUGGCAUUUUGGCAAUUCAGAGUUCAGACUUCAGAGUCGACAAAGUCUGAACUUCAGGCGGCUUCGUAAUUAUAAUCAGUAGUUGCAAAUCGCAUAUCAUUAAUCACAUUAUACCGGUAAUAACACUACCUAUUGGCUAUUGUAUGGCUGUUUCGCAAUCAUCGUCUCCGACCAUCAAUGCACGAUAGAUGAUUGAACAUAAUACUCAUAAAGUUGUUGUAUAGACAAUAUUCCAUCACAUCGUCUCCUGGUCUAUUCUACAGAAAAGUACCAAAAACAGCAAAUCGUACCUACAAACCUUUAUAAUAUACAUCAUUACUGGUUGCUGUAAAAUAACACCUCCAACGACUUCACAAGUUUCAGGUAAAAAAUGGAAAACGUACAGCAAAGUUCCAAUGGAUCAAGUUUCAAUGAUUACAACGAUGUCAAUCUGACCAUACGGAUUCUAUUUCAUGGCCGAGAAGUCGGAAAUGUUAUUGGUAAAGGAGGUGAAACUGUAAAAAAUAUAAGAGACCAGUCUGGUGCUAGAGUUUUAAUCUCUGAUGGAUCAACUCCAGAACGUAUUGUGACCAUUACUGGAACUACAAAUGCAAUUUGUAAAGCUACCGAGCUUAUUGGACUUAAAGUCGAAGAAUUUUUUGAAAGACAAAAUGGUGAUUGGAAUGGCCCAAAAGCGCCUUUGACUUUUAAGCUUAUUGUGCCAGCAUCUCAAUGUGGUUUCAUAAUUGGUAAAGGUGGAUGUAAAAUAAAAGAAAUUAGAGAAUCAAGUGGAGCUGCCAUACAAGUGGCAUCAGACAUGUUACCCAAUUCAACUGAACGUCUAGUUUCAAUUACUGGUACUACGGGCACAAUAUCUCAAUGUGUUUAUCAAGUGUGCAACGUCCUAUUAGAUUCCCCGCCACGUAGUGCAACAAUCCCUUAUGAUCCUCGUAGUAAGACUUCAGGAUUUGCUAGUAGUGCAGUUGGUAAUGAUUUUGGAAGACAACGCACUAAUCCUCUGGCUAGUCUUGCAGCUCUUGGAUUAGGAACUGCGUCCACUGGAGGUAUCAAUCCAGCUGCCUUAGCUGCAUUGGCUGGAAGUCAGUUGAGAACAGGUAAUCGUCAAAACCGAAAUGGUAGUGGAGAACAUAAAAAUCAAAAUUCUAAUUCAAACACUGAGACAAUAUCUAUGACUGUACCUAAUGAUUUAAUUGGAUGUGUCAUUGGCAGACGAGGAAGUAAAAUCGCAGAAAUACGACAAAUAAGUGGUGCUUUAGUGCAUAUAGCUAAAGGUGAAGGAACUCAUGAAAAUGGUGAAAAUGAGGAUCGUCACAUAACAAUUACAGGAAACAAAGAUUCUAUUUCAGUGGCCAAGUACUUAAUUGAAAUGAGUGUGGAAUUGCAGAAAGCCAAUCUUGAGGGGGCAAACUCAUCCUCUAGUCCUGAUGAUGGGUCCAGCUCAACCUUGCCCACUCCUCCAACAGUGGCCGCAUCUCCUUUGUCGUCCGCCAUCCCAUUGGCUCAACUAUUUGCCAAGCCGGGUGCCAUUAAUGCCCUAUCCAGCUUAUCUGCUCUUGGCGGCCUAACCGACCUCUUGGGAGCCUUAUCUGGCGCCAAUCAAUCCCCUCCGAUACAGACCACGGGUGUCCAUCGCCCGAAAAAUUAUUUCCAGAGAAACCGCAGUCCUUCAGGCGAAAAAACCAAAGCAGACAGGACCAAGUUUGCUCCUUACUGAAUGCUAAUUGUUCCCAAAUCCGCCAAUUAUUGAUAUUCUUACUAAUGUUUUGUCCUACCCAUCUUCAUUUUUUUUUAUUUAUUUAAUUAUCUUUAAGAAAUCUUCUAAUUUUUGAAAGUCUGAAGAAAAUUCUAAAAAACAUUUUAUUUGUUUUUAAAAUAUUUAACAUGGUUGAUUUUCUUUAUGGAGUUAAACUUAAAACAUUAUAGAUUCAAAUCUCUUUCAUGGGUAGAAUUAUUGCAUUUUAAGGUUCUAGUAUAUCAUUUUUAUUUAAUAUAUUUUAUUGUGUCCAAUUUAUAAUAUUUCACUUUUUAGUUUAAAUUGUUUCCAAUCACUACUUAUAGCCUUUAUCUUUAGUUCUUACAUUAUAUUUUUGUAGAUCUUAUAGAUAAUAUAUCUUGUAUUCCUUAUUUAUUUAUUUCUUAAUUUUUAACAAACUAGUAUGGAAUCCAAUAAAUAAAAUCUGCUCUGGUUACAUUUGUUGAUAUUAUAUAUUUAUAAUUAUAGAAUGUACGUAUGGGUUUUCAAAGAUUAAAGAGAUAAUAACUCGCUUUUUUACUACUUCAUGUAGUUAUGAAAUAUAUUUAUGUUUCAACUAGUCUUUAUUAUUUGUAAAAAAAAGUAUCGGUGUUAAUAUUCUUUGAAGUAUUAACUUCAAUAUUUAUAAAAUAUGCAUGUCUUAAUUCUUAUAACUUAUAAGUUAAACAGAAUAUAUAUAUAUAUAUAUAUAUAAACAAUCUUUUUUAUUUAAAAAGUAUUAUCGUCACAAGCAUUUUGAAAUUUUUCUUGGAUGCAAUUGAAAAUUGGGCCCUUAAUUUAUUUGUUAAUAUUAUUAAUUUAGUUCAAUGAUAAAAGAAACAGUUUAAAUAUAUUCUUAUAUAGUACUUCUUCAAUAUGUUAUCUAAUUUCUUAUAUAUUCCAAGUAUUUCUAUCCAUAAUCAGUUAUUACCCUUAUGUAUGCUUAUUCUACAUUAUACAAUAUUUUUGUGAUAUAUGCAAUAUUAUUACGUCAAAGUAUAACAGGUCAAUACAUUUAUUUUAUUUAACAAUAUAUUGUAUUAUUUUUCCUUGCCUGGAACACUGGAAAAAAAGAUUUGUUUUUUUAAAAUAAUAGUGACCAUUUGAUAUAAUUAAUUUUCUUGAUUUUGGUUCAUUCUAUGUCAUACUUCCCCCUCUCCACACACAAUAUCAUAGUAGUCUCAUAAUUUUGAAAAACAUUUUCUAUAUGUAGCAUACUAGAUAGUAAAUCUGAAAAUAUAGUAGAUAGCAUAUUGAAAGUACUGUGAUGGUGAAAUACCACAUGCAUAUGUUUUUCAUUGUUAACACUAAUUAUUGGUACUUCUACGUACAAAUCGGCCUGGAGUGAUCUUUUAAAAAAUAUCAUCUAAAUAUUUAAGAAUAUGAGUACAUG